AUGGUGUCACCGUGGCCGCCGCUCCCGAGCAAAGGCGGCAGCGGAGGCUACCGCGAGCGCUACGCCCUCGCCGAUGCCAACAACGCGGCCAUCGGAGGCUGGGACAUCCGCCCCACCCCUCUCGGCGAGGCCCUCUACAACGCCCGCAUCCUCGACUUCGACCUCGUCCGGCAGGUGCGCGAGGAGAUGGACACCCUCAGGCUGCUCCCGGGCGUUUGGGACCCGGACUUCAUCGGCGAGUCGCAGCAUGAAUCGGCCACGAACGUCGUCGGGGACGGAGAGAGCCAGCAGAGCCGCCUGGAGCGCCUCCGCAUUGACAUCCGAGAGUUUCGGGAGGCCGAGGGCGUGACGGGGCACGUGACGGUCAUCUGGAGCGCGAGCGUGGAGCGGCCCAGCGAGCGGGAAUUCCAGGAGCCUAGCCAGCUACUAGAGGCAAUCGCUGCAGACGACAAGGAGGUGUCUCCUUCCAUUCUGUACGCGGCUGCAGCCGUACUCGAGGGAUGCUCCUUCGUCAACGGUGGCUCGCAGAACACCAUGUGCGGGGCGCUCCUGAAGUUGGCCGAGGACAACGCGUGCUAUAUGCUCGGCACCGACUUCAAGGCCGGGCAGACCAAGUUCAAGACCGCUGCGGUGGAGUAUAUCCGCUCCCUCGGCAUGUGCCCCAAGGUGAUCGCGUCGUCCAACCACCUGGGCAACAACGACAUGCUAAACCUCACCACCAAGAAGACCCUGGGCGCUAAGAUGCGAGUCAAGAGCAACAUCUUCGCUCCGUGGGAAGAGGACAUCAACCACGAGGUGCGCGUGAUGUACACGCCCCUCAUGGGUGACGAAAAGCGAGACAUCGUCGAGUACACCUCGUUCGGGUUCAUGAACUGCGCGCACACCAUGCUAACCUACACCCGCGCCAUGGACAGCGCCCUCUGCGUGCCCCUCAUGAUCGACGCGGCCGUGUGGUGCGACUACUUCGCCCGCGCGGGCGCGCACCAGGGCAGCGUCGCCCGAGCUCUGGCCUACCUCUUCAAGGUACCCGAGGGGGGAGCGCAGGGCGUCGACCCUGGUUUCUUCAAGCAGAUGCGUGCCCUGGAAGAGGAGCUAGAGGCCACGCGGCUGGGAAGUGUGGAGGCGGCGGCGGCGUCUCCCGGAGGGGCGUCCGCGGUCGGCGGGAUGCUGGUGGGGAGGGUGCUGUGCGCCGGGAUAAGCUGCCUGGAUCUUCAGCUGUGUGGGUCGGGGGGCGGCGGCGAGGGGGGUGUAGAAACGAUCCGAAAGUUCAAGGAGACCAAGUACUGCCCCGGGGGGUCGUGCCCGCAGGCAUCGACGGCGUUGGCUAGGCUCGGAGUGCCGGGGGUGGUGGCGGUGACCAAGAUGGGGGCGGACGCCCACGGGGAUGAGAUGGUUCGACAGAUGUUAGCCGCCGGUGUGGACUGCUCCCGGGUUAUCCGCGACGCUUCCGUCCAGACGGCUCUCGCGGUGCUGCCCAUAUUCUCGUCGGGCGAACGAGGCUGCUUCGUUAACCUUGCCGCCAACGACGACCUGUUGGGCGACGAGGUGGCCGCGGUGCUAAAGGAGGUGGCAGCGGAAGACGGGCCGCCUCUGGCCGCGUUUCACUACGGUUACCCGCACUUCACUAAGCAGAUCCAAGGGCAAGCACUGGCGGACGUCCUCCGCCUUCCGCGAAGCCUCCCCGGCUCCCCAUUGGUCAGCCUGGACCUCAACGGCGUCGAUCCUGGGAACGACGCCCCGACCCGUCACGCCGCCGUCCUUGAGAAGGCAUACCCCUUUGUGGACAUCCUCCACGCCAACCUCGAAGAGGCCGAGGCGAUCGUGGGACCCUUGGAAACCGGCGACGGCGAUGCUCGCCUCCGGGCGCUAGCGGAGUGGUUCCUGAGCAAGGGGGUCGCCGUCGUGGCGAUCACGGCGGGGGCUAAGGGCUCCUUCACCGCGGUGACGAGCGACGCCGAGAGGCUGGCCGCGUCCCCGGGCCUGGCGAGGCAGGUCUCGGCGUGGGCGGGCCGGGAGGUCAGGGCGGCCGCUUUCGCGGCAGGGGAGGGUGCCGCCGUUAACGCUAACGGUGCCGGGGAUGCCUUCGUCGGGGGCCUGGUGCUAGCCGCCGCGGCGUGGAGGGAGAGCCUGAGCCUGGAGGAGGCGGUGAGGUUCGCGGCGCUGGCGGCCCUCCAGCGCGUGGACGAGAGCCUGCGGCAGGCCGAGGACGCGACUAACGCGGCGGAGCUGAUGACGGUUGCCAGGGCCGGCUCGUUGCCGCCCACGCUCCCGCUGAGUUGACGUAUUUUGUUUUUCUUUCGGUGUGUGACCCGGGUUUGUUCGUUCAGCGGUAGAACUUGCGUUUUUGUGUGUUUUGUGUGCAAAAAAUAGGCUAAUUUUUUCGUCGGCUGAGUUAGUGAGCCCAGCUGGCAGAGGUGUUAGCAAGAUACAUGCGUUCUUUGCACGGCCGCGGUUUUGUUGCUGUUGAUAGGUAGGCCAGCUAACACGCUGAGCGAUGGAGUGCCGACGUGAGUGUGCGAUACGCCGCUUAUCGUACGAGUUCGCAGUACAUGUAGUAGAGUUUAGGCUUUUGAGAGAUGUAAGGCGGCCAGGAAUCCUCAAGCUGUCCUUGUUCAUGUCCCGAUUCGACGAGGCUUGCAGGGUCGCAAACGUGUUGUAUUUAUGGAAAGCUAUUGGUGCAGCUUUUCGAAAGAGAUGUGACUGCUUGUCCCAGGAGGUUGGAUGCUGGUCAUGGGCUGUCCUCCCUUAAACUCCCGAUCAACACUUGUUAAUAAAUUAACCAUUACAUGU